CCGCGCCCGCCCUCCCCGGCGCUCCGCGCCCGCCGCCCCGGGGCGCGCAGCUCCCUCCCGAGAGUCCCGCCGCCUGACUGUCGCAACUGCCACCCCCACGGCCCCCCUGCCCCCCGCCCCCGCCCCGGCCCCGCUCCCCUCCCACCCCCGCCCCCGGCUCUGAUUUCUUCUCCCGAGCGAGCUCGGCAGGAGACACAGGCGCUGGCUGCCCCGUCCGCUCUCCGCCUCCGCCGCGCCCUCCUCGCCCGAGAUGGGCCCCGCCGCCGCCGCCGCCGCCGCCGCCGCGGGAGCCAUCGCCUCCCGACCACCGCCUCCGUUGCCACGCUCUCGCUGACGCCCGGGCCCCCGCACGCACCGGGUUCUCCGCAGCCUCGCCCCCCUUCCCGCACCAGCCGGCCGUAGAGCGGCCACGAUGCUGCCGCCCGCGCCCUCCCGGUUCGGGUUGCUGCUGCUGCUGCUCCUGUGUCCGGCGCACGUCGGAGGACUCUGGUGGGCCGUGGGCAGCCCCUUGGUCAUGGACCCCACCAGCAUCUGCAGGAAGGCACGGCGGCUGGCAGGGCGGCAGGCAGAGCUGUGCCAGGCCGAGCCGGAAGUGGUGGCAGAGCUAGCCCGUGGCGCCCGACUCGGGGUGCGAGAGUGCCAGUUCCAGUUCCGCUUCCGCCGCUGGAACUGCUCCAGCCACAGCAAGGCCUUCGGCCGAAUCCUGCAGCAGGACAUUCGGGAGACGGCCUUCGUGUUCGCCAUCACCGCGGCAGGUGCCAGCCACGCGGUCACGCAGGCCUGUUCCAUGGGCGAGCUGCUGCAAUGCGGCUGCCAGGCCCCCCGCGGGCGGGGCCCGCCUCGGCCCUCCGGCCUACCAGGCACCCCGGGCCCCCCGGGUCCCGCGGGCCCCGCGGACGCCAGCGCCGCCUGGGAGUGGGGAGGCUGCGGCGACGACGUGGACUUCGGGGACGAGAAAUCGAGGCUCUUCAUGGACGCGCAGCACAAGCGGGGCCGCGGGGACAUCCGCGCGCUGGUGCAGCUGCACAACAACGAAGCGGGCCGGCUGGCCGUGCGGAGCCACACGCGCACCGAGUGUAAGUGCCACGGGCUGUCCGGCUCAUGCGCCCUGCGCACCUGCUGGCAGAAGCUGCCCCCGUUCCGCGAGGUGGGCGCGCGGCUGCUGGAGCGCUUCCACGGUGCCUCGCGCGUCAUGGGCACCAACGACGGCAAGGCCCUGCUGCCCGCCGUCCGCACGCUCAAGCCCCCGGGCCGCGCCGACCUCCUCUACGCGGCCGACUCGCCCGACUUCUGCGCCCCCAACCGGCGCACCGGCUCUCCGGGCACGCGCGGCCGCGCCUGCAACAGCAGUGCCCCGGACCUCAGCGGCUGCGACCUGUUGUGCUGCGGCCGCGGGCACCGCCAGGAGAGCGUGCAGCUCGAGGAGAACUGCCUGUGCCGCUUCCACUGGUGCUGCGUGGUGCAGUGCCACCGCUGCCGCGUGCGCAAAGAGCUCAGCCUCUGCCUCUGACUCCGACUGCGCAGAACCGCCGCUCCCCCGGCAGGGGGCGCUGCGCCGGCCCAGGCGCUCCCUGCGAAAAAAGCCCUUCUCCGGGCCUCUCGGGACUGCGAGGUCCCGGCCCUGGGAUGGACGCCCGCCCACGAAGGCCUGGGAGCAGGCCAGCACCCCGCAAGGCGCCCCGGCCGUUGAUGGGACAGACAACACAGGCCCUCCCUCUCCUUGGUACCCAGAAGGCCAGUCUGUAGCCUCUGCAGGUGAGGCUGCUCAGAACUGUGGACCACUGGCUGGGGGGUGAAUUUAGCAUCAAUAAAGAUAUUUAAACCAAUA